AUGGCAACAGGCAAAUCAUUCAAUUCUACGUCUCGAGCUGAAGAAGUCAUUGCAGUUCUGCGCGAUACCACUGUUCUUCUCGAAAAUGUGGCACAAUUGAUCAUGUCUCUACCUCGAGAUUUUAAAGGUGUUGAUACAGGCGAUGAGCCUACUGAAGGCGUGGAGGAUUUUCUUUGGUUUCUCUGGGAAGGCAUUCUUGAUAUAGCUGAAGAAGAUGCCGAAAUUCAUCCACGUCUGCGAGAGUUUCUAAAGCUCUUCACAGUGCUAGAUGAACCUACUUAUCUCUUGUGGGGCUCUGAGCUCACAUUGGCGCAACUUCCACUCCUAGGAGCGGUCUCUAGAGACAGGAUCAAUGGAAUCAAAAUAUCUGGUGAUCAAGACCCAAAUUCCGAAUUGGGUCAAAGGAUACUUUCGGGAGAUGUGCCAGAAUCGUCAGACCUCGAUGGAUUAGCGUUUUAUGAGGGGAGAUGCAAGUGGCUGAACCUGAACCGUUUUUUCGCGUCUCUCUGGAUCGACGAAAAUAUUCCAGUCGAUUACGCUUUAUUUGCUUUAUGGGCCAUGCGUUCAGGUCUCGAACGUGACCCUAAGUCUGAAGAAAGCCAUUUGGAUGUUGGGCCUCGGGACCUCUUAAUCGAAACUGCGUCGAUAUGGGUAACCAUUGCUGGCGACAAGAUGUAUCAUUGCAAGGACAUCUAUGGGCGAAAUGGAGAUCCUACCUGGGACACGAACACACGCGGUACGCCUGGCUUAGGUGGUGCGAGAUGGGUUGGCGUGGAUGGUUAUGACCCUGCGCGAUGGGCGUUAUGGAAGCAGGUGUUUACUGAGAUAGCAAACGAGGAAGGAAGAAGACCACAUCUCAUCAUUUUAGCCAAGGCCGCCGUAGAUUCAAUGAACACAUCAGAGCCAUCUAUAGCUUCAAAGUGA